AUGCCGCCAAGUGUCGUGCUAGACCCCUCGUCCACAACCACAUCAGCGGACGAGAACGCCGGCCUCACCUCGACGGGUGUGUACCUCGUCGACUCCCCGUACAAGCGGCGUCACCCAACCAUCGCGUUUGUGCCGUACGACAAGCCGGCUGCAGGCGAUGAGCGCAAUCACAGCGGCGAGGAAGCAGGGGGCGGCACCACAGUAAUGCACGCCGGUGUCCUGGUUCAACCACACGGGCUUCCACUCGGCGUCGCGGACGGUGUACUUGGUGGGAGCGGAGGAAGCGACCCAGCGGCCUCCUUGCUGGGUGAUGCGCAGUCGCAGCGUCGCGUCGUCGCCCGUGCCCCCGCGGGUCCCUACAGCAGGUUGAGCUACAUCAUGGACGAGAGCUGCACCCCCUUCACGGCACUGCUCGCUACCCUUCGCGCGGCCGGCUUCACCCGUGUCUCGGGCCGCGCGGCGCUCCUCCACAAAACCCAUUCGCUUCUCUGGGUGAAGCGCCUCCUGCCGAGCAUGGUGGAUCAGCUACUGCAGCGUCAGCCAGGUGCUUAUCGAAAGGUGAACCACUUCCCCGGCACCCACGCACUCGGGCGAAAAGACAAGCUUUGCAUGCUGCUGAGACGUGCUGGACUGCGUUGGCAAGCGAGUGGCGAGGUGUCAUCGGCGCUAGGUGGUGCGUGCACGACGAACACAGCAGCAGCGCGCGCGGCGGCGUGGGCGUCCCUGACCCCUGAGAGCUGGCUUCUUCCGCAAGAAGCGAAGGCGUGCGUGCGUGCGAUCCGGCAGCCGUGCCCUUCCGCGGCAGCCGCGCCACUCUUUAUCGUGAAGCCGACGAACCAAGCAGGUGGCCAGGGCAUCUUCCUAAUAUGUGGCGGCAGUGAGGCAGGGGUGGCGUCGCUGACGGCUACUGUCGGCGGGCUUGGCGGCGGCCACGGCAACACCUCCCGCGAGGAGGCCAUCCCUGUUUCCGCCACCGCGCUCUCCAUGUCAUCGCCGGGCUCCGCCCCUCGCCGAAGAACGCUCACUGAAUCAUUCUCCAGAGGUGGCGCGGUCCAUGCCACCGUUAUAGACGCCCCUGCCGCCGAGACGGGGAGGAGCCAGUACGUAGUACAGCGAUACAUAGCAAACCCCUUUUUGCUGGAAGGCCGCAAGUUUGACCUGCGGCUGUACGUCGUCGCGACCUCCUACGAUCCUGUGCGGUUGUACCUCUACCGGGAAGGGCUCGUGCGCAUCGCAUCCUCGCCGUACACCCGCACUGUUGCAACAGCCUCGGCGGCGGUGACGGCACUUGCCGAUGUGUCCGACUUGAAAGCACACUUGACGAACUUCACCGUGAACAAGAAUGCCUCUCCAGUUCCGGCGGCGGCGGGUGACGCAGGCGCUGCCACCAGCGGACAGGACACGAAAUGGUCGCUGAGCAGCCUGGAAGCUUAUGUUGCCUCGAUGGGCUAUGACUGGCCCGGUACAUUGCAGCGCAUUCACGAACUGCUGCGGCUUGUCUUUCUCUCCGUCACACCCGAAGUCCGAGCAGCGUUGCGCAUGUCGUCGAGGUGCCGGAUAAAUAGCGCUGACAGCAACGCAGCGCGGUCGCUGCCGUCGUCGUCUGCAGUGUCGUCGCACGCGACCGUCAAUGGCACAUCGCCUUUCUUCGAGAUCUUUGGCGUGGACGUGCUCCUCGUCAAUGACGACAGCGAGGACAGCUCCCUCCACGACUCGCCAGCCGUGUCGGCAAGCGCCAGCACGUUGCGGCCCGUGCUUCUCGAGGUCAACAUUAUGCCCUCUCUCAGCACGCACUACUCGCUCUUCGAUCAGCGCAUCAAAGCGAACUUUAUCGCCGACGCGCUGACGUUGGUGGGCCUGAUGCCACCACCGUCAAAGGUGGCUUCCUCCGCUGCUGCGGUCCAGGAAACUGCGGAGGGUCAACGGUGCGGUUACAACGACACCUUCCUCGACAGAUUAAGCGACAGCGAAGUCCUGAACGUGUGUCUCGCCACGGAAGAGGAACACCGACGUGCCGACAACUUCACACGUCUCCUGCCAACACGCGACUCCGCCAGCAAGUACAGGGCCUUGAUGGAGGUGUCAGAGGGGGACGGGACGUCGACACCGACGCCGUCCCGCCUCGAUGCAGUGCUGAGUGUUUGGCUGGCGUCUUCGUCGUGA